GAUGCACAUGGUGUCAGGCAGACUGAGAUGGGGCACUGCCCGGAAGACCUCCACCUCUGCUGGGCCUCCAGGUUCCUGGGAUUCACCAACCUCCUCCUCAGCAUCCACAGCACUGGAGUCAAGAGUUCUGUAACACCUGGUCCUGGAGUUCAGGAUUCUGGAGCCCAUGUUCUCAUGCAGGGGAUCCAAGGAGGUUCUGUGUUGUUUCAUGUGACCAAGAAGCGAGAAGCUGAACCAGAGGAGGUCUCGUGGGGCUUUGGCUCUGAGUUAAACUACAGAGUCCUGCUGCGAGUCCACCGUGGGGCAGACACCCCAACCUGGAUCAGCCUCCAGGACAAGUACCAGCACAGGGUCCAUGUGCCCAAUGUGACGUCCCUGAGGAUUGAGAACCUGACCCGAGAGGACAGUGGGCACUACCGGGCUCGAGCCAGCUUCACUGGAGGAAUAGAAUUUAACCAGGUUUUCCUCCUCGCUGUCUAUGAUCCUGUACCCCUUCCCCAGAUCCUGGUCAAAUCCGCAUCCAUCACACCAGGCUGGUGCAAUGCCACCCUAGGGUGCACAGCCUCACAGGACACAGAGGACCUGAAGGUGACCUGGGGGAGCAUGGGCCUUCCCAGAGGGCAGAGAAUAACCCUGGAUCCACCCUCAAACCCCUGGACCCUGACUCUGAGCCUGCCCCUGAGCCAACCCAGUGCCAGCUUGACCUGUGUGGUCAGCAAUCAGGUGGACCAGAAAACUGCCACCUUAGACCUGGGGGAAGUCUGUGUCUCUGCCAGAGACCAGUCCUGACUUUGGAGCAGGAACGCUAAGUCCAGGACCCUUGACUGCCACAGAACUCCAAACCCCAGGAAGUAUUAAAUAGUAAGAAUUCCCAUGAUGGCUUCCACCUGUAUACAAGACCUAACAUUGCCCAAUUUCCAGCAGCACCCAGUACAGGAAGCCUCACUCAAACAACAAGCGAGACAGAAACAUAAAUCUAGCCAUCAACAGAGAGGAUUCCCAUGGACACCACCCAAAAAAACCACCUACACAAAAAAGAGUAUGCCAAGGCUGUAUAUUGUCACCCUGCUUAUUUAAUUUAUAAGCCGAGUACAUCAUGAGAAAUGCUAGUCUAGAUGAAUUACAAGUUGGAACCAAGACUGCCAGGCAAAAUAUCAAUAACCACAGAUAUGAAGAUAAUACCAGAAAGUGAAAAACUAAAGAGCCUCUUGAUGAAAGUGAAAGAGGAGAGUGAAAAAGCUGGGC